AAAAUUCCACCCCACCCAUCUUCUACUCACGCGCACCCCGAACCCAGUUGCUCUGUCCUUCCCUCACGGCUUCGCUUCACCUUCAGUCUCCGAUUCCCAAGCCCAGCGCCCGCCGACCGCUGCCCAGCGCUUGCCCGUUGCCUCCCAGCGCCCUUCCCAUCUCCUUGUCUUUCGCGUUUCACCGAUGUGGAAGUGGAAUCUAUAUUAUCAUCAGGGGCUGUUGGCAUUUGAACUUCUUUGAUCUUAUACCUGUUAAGGCUGCUUUAAGGAGUUAGAGCAUAACAAUAUUGUUAAAUGUCAGCACAGAAUUUAGCAAGAUAGUGUACAAAAGUUUUGAAAAUGGAGAAAAAGCGCGAGAUUGAUACUCCGGUGAGCUCCAGCCAGAUUGAUCUGAAAAAGUCCUUCAAGCUUGCCGUUCGUUCUCUCCUCACUUCCUGUUCCAGGGAGGAGUUUCGGGAAUGCUUUUCGAAAUUUACGAUGGCGGAGCAAGAAUAUCUUCAUCGUCUUUUCAUUCAGGUUAUAACUUCUUUGCAUGGAAACAUAGAGGACGAGUUUGAGUCAUUAUGUGUUGAAACACAGGUGGGACUUGUACUCGAUAAUGUUGAACAACUUUUGGAAGAGCAAGAACUAGACCCGUUGUACUCCAAGAAGACCAAUAUAAUGGAAAUUGCUAAUUUUCUGUCCAUAACAAAGAAGAAUGAGAUCCAACACUUGAAGGACAUGCUAAAAACGGCUGAGGAACAGAACCGGCUUAUUCAAGGCCGUAUCGAUGUCCUAAGGAAAGGAGUGCAAGAUGCCUCUUGCAUGGCAGAUGCUGUUAAAAAGCUAAGAAAGAGAUGCAGAGCUUAUGGUACUGAUGGCGUUAACGAGACCUUUGAUACUUAACCGAUGCUUCGGUUUGCUGUUAAAUAACAAGGUCAGUAUGUAAUUUACAUUGACUAUACUUUGGUAGUUUUAAUGUGUCAAUUUCUUCAGCUUAACUCAAGCUAAUUUAUAUGUACUUUUUAUUUUAUGGCCGCAAUUAUACCUGUUUUACGCUGUGGACCAUGUUUUCUUCUGUCUAAUUCAUACAAUCUGUUUUGUAUCAAAGAAAUAUUUCAAUUUUCAAUGCCCCUUCAAGACUCAGCCAUGUUGGAACCUUUA